CUCACUUUCCCUCCUUUUCUUGGCACUUCAUAUUUUCCCAUCUCCCAGACUCCUCCCUUGUGAGUAACUGCAACAUGAAGGUAUCAUUGUCUCCCAAGGUCAGAAAACGUAUGGAGGGUCUCAGACAUCUUCAGAGCCAACAUGAUGAGCUGGAGGCACAGUUUCUUGAGGAGAGAAAGGCAUUAGAAGCUAAAUACCAGAAGCUUUAUCAACCGCUCUACACUAAGAGAUUUGAGAUUGUGAACGGUCUAAAAGAAGUUGAAGGGGCCACGCUAACUGAAUUAGCUGGAACAAAAGAGGAUCAAGCUACAGAAGAGAAGGGGGUGCCUGAAUUCUGGCUCGCUGCAAUGAAAACUCAUGAAGUACUAGCAGCGGAGAUUAAGGGACGAGAUGAAGGAGCUCUGAAGUUCAUUAACGACAUCAAGUGGUCGAGACUUCAAGAUUCUGAGGGUUUCAGGCUGGAGUUUUACUUCAAUCCUAAUACUUACUUCAAAAAUUCUGUCCUGACAAAGACCUAUCGCAUAAUUGAUGAACUUGAUCCUAUUUUGAGCCAAGCAAUUGGGACGGAAAUUGAAUGGUAUCCUGGGAAAUGCUUGACGAAGAAGGUGAUUGUGAAGAAGAAACCAAGAAGGGGGUCAAAGAUUGCCAAAACCAUCACAACAAUUAAGAAGAGUGAAAGUUUCUUCACAUUCUUUACUCCUCCUCGGAUCCCUGAGAAUGAGGAUGACCGAGAUGAUGAUGCUUAUGAUGAACUUCAGGACAUGAUAGAACAGGACUACAUUGUAGGUAUGAUUAUUCGGGACAAAACCAUUCCUCAUGCUGUGUCAUGGUUUACUGGAGAGGCUACCAAGGACGAUGAGGCUGAGAAGGAAGGGGAAAGAAAAGAAGGCGUGAAGAAGGACGUCAAUGAGGACCAUGAUGAGGAAAAAGAAAGGGCCCUGAAGAAGGGCGUCGAAGAUGAAAGAAAAGAAGGCAUGGAGGACGUCCAUGAAGACCAUAAUGAGGAAGAGGGGGGAAAGGGGGCCCUAAAGAAGGGCGUCGAAGAGAAAGAGGCAGAAAAACAGGUCGAGAAGAAGAAGAAUGGAGGAGCACAAAUCCAGGAAGGUCAGAAGAAUGGAGGAGCACAAAUCCAGGAAGGUCAGAAGAAUGGAGGAGCACAAAUCCAGGAAGAUCAGAAAAAGGAGCUCCCUCCUGAGUGCAGGCAACUGUAGUUUUGGGUCACACUUGCACACAAAUGACAGGAGCAGCUUAAAGAUUGGAGCACCAACGGUGGCCCGGUUGAUCAAAAGCUUUAGCUCUCUGGCAUUGGUUACCUAUCUAUCAUUUACAUACAUCUAUACUGCCUGUGUUCUUUUCCUUUCUUUUCUUUUCUUUUCUUUCAUAGUUAUUUUUCUUUUUUCUUUUUCAUUUUAGGAAUUUUUUUUUCCUAUUUUUAGAUUAAAGUUUCUUACAAUGUAUUUUUUUUAUUUUAUCACUUAAAUCAAUUAAAAGUUCGUAAUUUUAUUAAGAAA